CAUUCGAGCACAACAGUAAUCUAUUGAAUCACAUUGAAUCAAGUAACUUAUAUGCACCACAACAUUUGAAUCUCACCGAUUCCUGAAAAUGCAGGUUCUUGCGAUUCUCGUAGCAUCAUUUCCUCUGAUAACAGCACAAUUCCCAUUUCCGUUCCGAAAUCAAGGAUUUAGGAAUGUGAGGACACCUCUUACAACAUCAGCUUCGAGACAGAUGCCUUACCUGUCCAUCCCGAUUGUGCUCAUGCCUGAUGGUCAAAUGGUGCAAAAGCCGGGUCCCAUUAACUACAAGUACUUAGGCGACACUACUCCCCUCAUGUCGAAGCAAGUUCUGAAAUCUCAUGCUACGGUCAUCGAAGACACUUCUCCUCAGUACCAAUUUUCUUUGACACCACCAUCUCAUACACAGAGCAAGAUGCCCGACGCCACCAUUUACACUGGUGCAUCACAAAAACAUUUACGGAACGCCGAUACCAUUCACUUAAGCAGUCCUAUCAACACUCAAGUUAUUCACUCAUCCCAAUUUCAGCUCCAGCGCCAAAGAAAUAACCCUAGUCAGCAACAUCUCGUAUUAAACGCUCAUCAUUUUCCGUCAAAACAGCAUGUUGUUAAUUUUCUAAAUUUCGCUUCUCAGAUUGGCAGCAAUGUUCUCGCCAAACAGCAGGAAAAAGACAUCCCCACUCAACAAGGUUCUGUCCAUCAGGAGAGUCCACUCAAGAAGCUUCCAAACCAUGAGAGUUACAUUGUUCAAGGAAUUUCUUACGCACAAGUGCCAGAUAAAGCUCCCGCUUCUCAACAACAAACAGGUUCGCAUAGUGCGCAAGUUGUUCAAAAUUUACCGCUUUACACUUAUAACAAUCAACAACAAGGACAGCAGAACCAAAACCAAGUUCAGUUUGUUGUCCCUCAGCAAUAUACCGAAAGUUCUGACCCCAAGCAUCCGUUUCAAGGGAUUCACUUACAGGGAAGCAUUCCCAACACGCAAGAAGUUUCCUCUCGCGUUGUUGCAGACGGACAAAAUAACUAUAAUAAAAUAAACGGUCACGUAGCACGCAAUCCAGUUUCUCAACAAACAGAAAAUCCUACAAAACAGUCACAGAUCAGCUAUAACCCUCAAUAUCAGUCUAUUAUAUUACAGCCACAAAGUGGACACGUUGCAACCAAAAAUGGUGGUUCUGAAUUGCAUUUUAACAGACCAGUGCAAUUCAAUCAUCAAUCGUACCACAGGAAUCCUCAAGAAGCUCAGCCUAAUCCUGCCAGUAUUCAACAACAAUCUUUGGUGAUUCACCCUCAGCAGCCAAAAGCUGUAAAACCGAUUAAUUCCUUUCAAGCCAGCCCACAUUAUGUGGGACACGUCCAUGACGAAAGAAAUUUUGCUUCUGUCCAAGCAUCACAGGAUGGAACUUACAGUUCUGAGACAAAUAACCCACAGAUACACUAUAAGAGUUCCGAAGUACCCAAGCAAGAAACUGUGCCAGUACAGCAUUCGUUCGAUUACUCUUACGUUGUCAACUCCAAUCCUAAUCUCGAUGGACACCCAAGGCAAAGAGAUCUGAUCAGUGGUUACGAGAACCAAAGAUCAGUGGGAAGCAUUCCGGCUACUCAUCAUUACGCUGGACAACCUGAUUUGUCUGUGUAUCAAAGCCAAACUGGUUCUUUUAGCCAUUCCCAACAGGAAAACCGACAACCGCAUCAGAUUGAUUACACUUCAGUGGCAGUAGAUGACAAGCAGGAAGCUGUGACUGAAAACGAAAAAACAUACUAUACUACUUCAUCUAAAGAUACAAACUACACGCCCAAAAAUCAACACGAUCUACCAACUUACGGUCAUCUUCCAGCGAGUGAUCAGCGAUCAAAGGUUGCUGAAACAAAUGGGCAUCCGACUAAAGAGACCUCGAAGCAGGAUACGGAAACAGAAGAAGAGACUGAUUACAAAGUCGUGUAUAUUCCUCUCGAUAUAUUGAAAAACAUUUUAGGAAACAGCGUGGAUGGACAAAAAGUUGAAAACGUCAGUUGAAUCCAUGUUUCAAGGAAUACAAAGGACAGUAAAACAUGACUUUUGUGGUGUUAGGCUAAAAUUGCUGGUCAACUCCUUAUAACCCGAAGUCAUUUAUUGAAGAAACUGAAUGCACGAGUCUCUCUUUGGGGGACCGUUUUCAAUAAAUGCGAUUCACGCCCCUCCAGUGGCUAUCCAGAGAGAAGGAGAGCCUGAUUUUUUUGUGCGAGAAUUCUUUUCACCAAUUCGAUUCUCUGUCGAUGGUAAUUGGAGUUGUGUAGAAUCGCAUCGAGUGAGAAUGUCCCUUUACAACGAAGAAAUAAAAAUAAUUAUUUUUAAAGUUUUCAUUUCACUGGUUGCAAAUUUUGCAACAAAACUACUAAAAAAAAGGACUUUUUUUAUAUUCUCAGUCAAAGAGAGAGACAGAGAAACAGAAUUCACAGAAAAGCGAUUUAAUUAAAAUAUCAAUUAAAACGUUUCACAAUUUCAAGCAAUUGAAAAUGGUGGGUGAUGCUUCCGUGAAUGAACUUUUACGUUGGCAAUAGAGGCAAUAGAAAUAAAGAAAUUAAAUAAUAAACCUAUGAUUGCGCUUGCAGUUUUUAAAAAUCACUUCAAUUGCGAAUAUUCGUUUCAACUCAAAUUUUCUGCUUUAAAAAGUGUACAGUAAUCGAAUGGGACGGACGUUCUUGUUUUCUUUUUCCCAUAUUUUCUCUGAGUCUUAUAAAAUGAGCAAAAAGAUGGAAGUCUUUCAAAAAAAAGAAGAAA